AGUAACUAGUAAAGUAAAUACUGAAGUAUACUACAUAGAUAAUUUGGGAAAUGCAAAGUAUAGGCCUAGUUUUAACUCUUCAUCAUGAGACAAAUGAAGUAAGAAAGUGUGUCAGAAAUGAAUAGAUGCUAUGCACUGCAUUUUUUCAUCUAUCUAAUGGUGGUUUAAAGACAUCUAGUAGUUGUCCAACACCGACCCCUUUUGGUUUGUCGGCAGUAUUGCAUGUAUACAUUUGCACUGAUAUUCCAAUUUUAUUAGAAGCAGUUAUACGGUUCACAAUUUGUGAUGUUAGUCAGCGUCUUAAAAUAUAAUCAUCUUUAAAUAAGAUGAAGGUAAAAAUGUUUUAUGUCUUUGUAACGUAUCACCAGUGAUAUAUUUAGCCCUUGUUUUCUUGUGCAUGUUGACCCCAUUCCCAUACAGAGUAUUUCAGGCGAGGAUAUUAAUGUCACACAGAUACAGAGGAGAGUGUUGGGAGGCGGGUGCACAGUCAUGGCUUUGACAAAACAAAAUGUAGGCUGUGAUCUUAACCAAAAAACUGUUGUUGAGGAAAAGGAAGAGGAUGAUGGAGUUCCUGACGUGGUGCUUCAGGUAAAGGGAGAGUCGUUUUUUGUGAACCGCCAACGUCUGGCCUUGCUGAGUCCGUACUUUCGAGCCUUGUUCUUUGGUGGAGGUCUGGAGAGCACCAGGAAGCACAUCGAGAUACAUGGCGUUGGACUGCAGCAGUUUCAAAUCCUGAUGAAGUUCACAAAGACCUUCAAGCUGUCCUUGGAUAACAACAAUGUCCUUGAUGUUCUAGAGGCGGCCGACUUCCUGCAAAUAGACAGAGCUCGACUUCUCUGUUGCAAGUUUUUGGAAAGACAGUUGCAUCUGAGCAAUUGCUUAGGCAUGAUGGCCUACGCUUGGCAGCUCGGCUGUCUCGAACUGUACGCCGCGGCGCGCGAAGUCGCCCUUACCCAUCUGCCCGCCAUAGCUUCGGAGCAAGACCUUAUGUUCCUUUCCAAAGACAGUAUUGCUGACCUCCUUGCUAGUGACGACUUAAGCAUUCCAAGAGAAGACAUGGCGCUCGACGUUGCCCUUCGCUGGGCAACCUUCGACCCGAGUCGAGAAGAGGACUUUAUGGAGCUAGUGGGGCUGGUAAGGCCCGAGUGUUUAAGUCUUCCUUACAUAACUGAUCUUCUGUCGAAGAUCAACAGCUCAGACCCACGUGCCAAGCUCGUUUGCAGGUUGAAUAAUAACAUUCCGAGCAGUUGGACGGCGGGCAGAUCUGUACCCAGAACUCGUUCGAGAGAAACUCUGUUUGUUCUCGGUGGAUCACAUGAGGAGGAGACACAGUUGCUUUAUCAGUUCCACCCGUAUAGCGGAAGGUGGAAAUCCCAUCCACCUCUGCAGAAGAAAUGUCUUACACAGUACUCUGUGGCCGCCGUAGGGGACAACAUUGUAGUGACUGGAGGCUACUUUCGGGACGUGUUGUGGUACAGUGUGGACUGGGUGAGCAUUUACCAGUGCAGUGCCGAACGGUGGGUGGACGGCCCUGCGAUGAGGAAGUCCAGGCACAGUCACUGCUCAGUGGCAAUCCAGCUCCAGUUGUUUGUGUUGGGUGGAAGCAUGGACGAGGGUCUCGUGGCCGAUGUGGAGAGGCUGGUGAUUGGAGCAGAGGAAUGGGAGAGCGUCAGCCCAAUGGUGUGCGCGGUGGAGAGGGCGGCCGUCGUCACCUUGGGAUCUUGUAUCUAUGUAGCUUGUGGUUUGGAUGAGAAUGGAGACGUGUACAGUGGGAUUCAGAGAUACAGACCUGAGGUGGACCAGUGGGACGUGAUCUCAUAUUCACCAUUCCCACGUUAUGAUCUUCUUGCAACUGAGCUCAACGGCGCCCUCUAUCUGCUGGGAGGUCAGGCUCUACGUUUCGAUGUUGACACAGAUGAGUGGACCGUUCUUCAGGAGGAAUGUCUAGACAACAAAUUUUAUACUGGAUGUACGACAGUUAACGGGCAGAUUUACAUACUGAGCGAGAGGAAGAUAAACAAAACUUACCCUAACAUGAUUCUGAUGGAUCCUUAUAUUGACACAUGCUUGGAAAUUGAUGGUUCAAUACCAUGUCCAGUUCCCAUAAGAGGCUGCAUCACAAUGCGCAUGCAUCCUUACUAA